AUGUUCAGGAUCGCAAAGAACCUGGUCAAGACCUUUGAGCAGAGUGUCCAGGGCCUCGCCCAGGACGGCUCGCAACUGGACUCGUACUUCCAGUCCAUCCCCCCAAACCUGCUGGCCAUCCAGGUGGAACAGCAUGAACAGAACACAAUGGGCGACAUGGGCUCCUUCAGCAACUCGGUGUCGGGGCUGCGUGUGGUGUGGGUCGACGAGUGGCAGCUGCAGCUGCAGUCGUACUUCGACUACAUCGUCGGCUUGAACGACGUGCCAUUGCCUCUGAUGAGAAACCAACACGGCUACAUGUAUCCGGAUUACAAUGCGAUCAUCGAAUUGCUAAACACGUAUUGCAACAGUUCGGUGAAACUAAACGUUUGGUCCGCUAAAGGAGGUGUCUUUAGAGACAUCUACAUCCAAUUGUCCCCAAAGGAUGAGAGCCAAAUGGAUGACGUCUCAUUAUCGAACGGACCCCUUAGUGCCAACGGGAUCGUUUCGGGAACAGAACCGAACAAUGCAGUAAGGUUAUUCCAGGCAUUGGGGUUCAAAGUGCAAUGGACAAGUCUCAUUGCCGCCACGUACACAUACCAUAUCUUGCAACUGAAUAUAUCGAAUGGGCCUGCCCAGAUGGCAGGCUUGAUCCCGGAUGAGGACUAUAUCAUUGGGUGUCAAGACGGUCUACUGGCCACAGGUGGAGAUACUCUCCUGCAAGAUAUCGUAAGGUCCCGGGCGGGACAAGACUUGGUCCUGUACGUAUACAAUAAGGUCAGUGACUCGGUGAGGCCCAUCACCGUGAGGAUUGCAACAGAUGGAAGACUAGGUUGUGGGAUCGGGUCGGGUUACCUGCAUAGAAUACCGGCAGUCAAGCAACAAGAGAUGCCGCAGACGAUGCCUCAGACUUUGCCUCCAAUCGACCCAGCCAACACGUUUGUUCCAAGUAACAUAAACGACCCGCUUCCACCAAUGGCAUCCACUCACAAGAAGAAGAAACAUACAACUGCGGCUACAAAUAUCAUGUCCGAUUACUUCACUGAGGGGAAGGACCAAUCACCAAAACCAGCAUCAACCCCUGUAGACGUGACACCCCCACCGAUGUCGGCAGAGAAACUGUAA